UGUGCGAUUUAGUCGCGUCGCGUCGCUGACUUCUAGCAUGGACACCUGGAAGCUGGUUUUAAGCUGUAAUUUACCUAAAAGAAGACACGUAGACGCGUACGUGAACACGAGAGGAUGUUAAAUUUGUCCAGUAUAGCUCCACCUCUGAGCGCGAGCAGGGCGGGCUCGAGACGCGUCUACCUGCUUCAGCCCAGUUAUUUAAAACCCUCAGAAACAGACGCGUGCUGUGAGGAAAAAUAAAGAACUGAACCGAGCAGAUAAUAAGGACAUACUCUUUCAUGAAAGUGACGGGAAAAAAGAAGCUAUAUUACACGACAAACAGCAACAACUUUUGAUGGGACACACAGAAGUUUUCAGUUGUCUUCUGCAACACGCCGAGGAAUUGAUGGAGAUUUUGCGAAUUGAAAAGCUCACUGGACGACAACUGCUUUUGUUUUGCACUGGAUAAUACAACCUCCCUCAAAUACCUUUAUAUUCUCUAGGCCUGGUGCUUUAAAGAACCCAGAAGCCAAAACACUGAUCUGAACCACUUAUAAUGUAACAUCAAUAUUUUUUAAUGUCCAAAGAACCAUAAAGCAAGAUCCUAUUUAGUCAAAAAUGGUUCUUGAUGAGAGGAGGGUUCUUUGCUGAACCUAAGAACCUUGAAGAACCUUUAUUUUGAAGAGACUCAUGGCGUGAAGCAGAAUAUUUGCAGAAGAGUUAAGUGCCUUUAUAUUUAGAAGUUGAAACACCCUCAUCACCAUCACCUCAGACUGGAUGUGAAGAUGAAGAGCCUCUGGUUUGCUCUGGUGAGCUGUUUCUGGAGCUCCUGUCUCAGCAGUUCUGUGUUUGAUGGCGCUGAGCUUCAGCCGAACUUCAUGCAUCAGGAGAAGCGAGAGAUGCAGAAAGAGAUCCUGUCUAUCCUGGGACUGAACCACAGACCCAGACCGCAUGUGAACAGCGGCAAAUAUAAUUCCGCACCUCUAUUCAUGCUGGAUCUCUAUAACACGAUCUCCACUGAGGAGAAAAGAGACGUGGAUCAGUACAGAUCCCUGAUCACCACCACCAGACCCGCUGUGGCUUCACUUCAGGACACUGAGUUUCUUCAUGACGCCGACAUGGUCAUGAGUUUUGUCAAUUUGGUGGAGUUUGACAGGGAGCUGUCUCAACAGAGAAGACACCAUAAAGAUUUCAAAUUCAACCUGUCCCAGAUCCCAGAGGGUGAGGCCAUCACAGCUGCAGAAUUCAGGAUCUACAAGGAGUGUGUGACCAGAACAUUCCGCAAUGAGACUUUCCUACUUAGUGUCUUCCAGGUGGUUGGGGAACACCCAGACAGGGAUGCUGAUCUGUUUCUGCUGGAGUCUCGCAGGUUGUGGGCAGCAGAAGAAGGAUGGCUGGAGUUUGACAUCACAGCCACCAGUAAUCUUUGGGUGAUGAGCCCGUAUCAUAAUCUGGGUUUACAGAUCAGUGUGGAGACCAGCAGUGGCAGGAGCAUCAGUUCUGCAGAAGCAGGGUUAGUGGGGCGUGAUGGUGCUCUGGAGAGGCAGCCGUUCAUGGUGGCCUUUUUCAAAGUGAGUGAAGUCCGUAUCCGAUCCGUCCGGUCCAUGGGCAAACGGCGUCAACAGAACCGCAAUCGCUCCAACAGUCCACAGGAGGCAUCAAAGGGAAUGGCUCAUGCAGAUUACAACAGCAGUGAUCAGAAGAGCGCAUGCAGAAAGCACGAACUGUACGUCAGUUUCAGAGAGUUGGGCUGGCAGGACUGGAUUAUUGCUCCUGAGGGCUACGCAGCAAACUACUGUGAUGGAGAAUGCUCUUUCCCACUAAAUGCCCAUAUGAAUGCUACUAAUCACGCUAUAGUACAGACACUGGUCCACCUGAUGAAUCCAGAGAACGUUCCGAAGCCAUGCUGUGCUCCCAUCAAACUACACGCCAUCUCUGUGCUCUAUUACGACGACAACUCCAAUGUCAUUCUGAAGAAAUACAAGAACAUGGUGGUGCGUGCUUGCGGCUGUCACUGACAUGAGAGCCGUGUUCCACCCGCCCAACCACUGCACUGCUGAGAGAAGGAGUAUAUGUGUGUGAGAAAUACUGAUUUAUGAACAAACACGUAUGUUUGAGAGAACAGAUACAGUAAACGUGCUGCUUUUACUCGUCUUCACACACAUGGCCAGUUCACAUAAGAAAAUGUUAAAAUCCUUUAAAUUGCCAUGAGGAUGUAUAGAUAAUUCUAUAAACAGAACAUCAACCUGAUGCCGUAUGUCUAAAAUAGACAAAACACACACAAAAAUGUAAGUUAUGAGCUAAAAUUCAGUCUUUAUUUAAUAUUAUAUUUUAAGAGGCUAAAUCUUAAAGGAAGAGUGCAUCCAAAAUGAAAAUUCUAUCAUUAUUUAUUUACCAUCUUCUAUUAAAUCCUGUACCAUUUUUUUUGUUUUUGUUUUUCAGUUUCGUUAAUGCUACUUUAAUUGUACUUUUUGUGCUAUUUGUAACUUGACAGAUGUGGCCAGUAUGAACUUUGUAUAGAAAAUAGCUGUGCAAAGAUUCUUCAAACAUUCUCCUUUUAAAUUCCACAGGGAAAACAAUAACACACAGGUUUGAAACGACAUGAGGGUGAGUAAAUGAUGACAGAAUUUUAAUUUUGGGUGAACUAUUCCUUCAAAUGUAACAUUUGAAAAUGUCAAAGUAGUAUAUCUUGAUGCACAGAAGUCACUGUUUUGUGCAUUUUCAGUCAUGCUUAAACUCGCUUGAACCCACAAGACUAUUUUAGGACUCAACAAAAUCAAAUUAUUUUGAGCUUCUCGAUAUUUGCUCUACGCUAGCUGUGGUUUGCAUCGGUGAGUCAGAGCGAGCGGUUACACACUUCAACAGAACCCAAAGAACGGCUCCAUUAUGUUGGUGUUCUGAGGACGGAAACUGUGUUUGAUGACGUCCAACACCACAGAUCUAUAAUUUCCCAUCUGCACCUGCACCUUGGAUGGCUGAAAUCCCAAACCUCCCACAAGACACGAUGAGCAAUGGAUAAUUUCAUGUUUUUGAGUGACAAAACCGUUUUCUGCAUCAUCGUCCUCAGAAGGGCUGUACAUUUUCCAACCAUCUCAUGUCAAUAUUUAUUACACUAUGUAACACAAUUUUUGUUCCUGGGUAGUAAGUGUUAUUUCCUAAUUGCUUAU